CUGUUGGUCUAGUUGUGCUAAGGGGAGCUUUAUUAUUCUCUCAAAUGUCGUGUCGUUACAUUUUGUUUUGAUUUCAGAGAGAGAGAAACUACAGUGUGGAUUAACGUUAUAAAUAAAGAUGCUAAAAUCCAUCAGUGCCCCCCUCCUCUUCCUCCUCGAUAACCCGAGCUCGUCUUCACAAUCUGUUGACGUCUGGUUGUGUUUAUUUUUAUUAUUGUUUAUUUUAUGUUAACCUAACUGCGAUACAUAAGAGUAUUUGUUGGUGUCACAUCCACAAAAAAAAGUCUGGGCACUAUGAGCUGUGUAGCUGGUAUCUUGAGCAUUUGCAUCCUUUACAUCCUCUCUUCUUUUGGCAUGAAAGUGUUGUUUUUUUUACAAAACAUUAUUGUAUAUUUUGGGGCAUAAAAAGUAGCCUGCACACUUGAGUGAAUUAAAAUGUUUUGGCACAUAGUAUGAUUAACUUCUUUCAGUAUUUAAUACAUAGCUAUACAUAGGUGCAUUAUGUGAUUUGAUAAACAAGCCUUUGAUAAUUAGCAAAGAUCAAAUAGUAAAUAUGUCAUAAGAGGAAAUGUAUGGUUAUACAAAAGGUGUAAUGGGUGUAAGAUACUUUCAGCUGACUGCAUAACACACAGUAUCCUUGACAUAUAUCACUUUUUUUCACAAGCUGCCUCCCCCUCAGUCUCUUUAAAGGUGGUGAGGGAAAUAUAGUAAUUACUGUUACUGAUUAAAGGACAAGUCCAUGGAAGCACUAGUGUUGACGCUGUGUGCUUUUUAGGUGAGUGGGAGAGGUAUAGAGUGAGAUCUCAUGAAUCCACACCUGUUUUUUGUACCUUUUUUGUAUGUAAUGUAAUAUGCUGGUUACUUUGUGGGAGUCCCUUUUUGUAUGGUGGACGUAGAGGCCUAGAAAAUGAUAUGUAUUGCUCUAAAAACAGUUAACUGUUGGCACACGUUGUUUUUCAGUGGGCACUGGCGUCGAGUAGUUGUGCAAUACAUCUCUAGCCUUAAAUUAUUGACUGUCUCACUCCUCAUAAAUAAUACAACGUGAUGAUGUUGUCAUCUUAAGGCCAUGAAAGUGCUCCCACUGAUCCUGAAUCUGUCUUUUGAGUUAAGUGGAUACACAAAGUCCCCGACAUGUGUUGAGAAACCGUGAGCUACGAAGCCUAUUCACGAACCUACAAAGUAGAACAGAAGUCGGGGAGAGUCUUUGAUCACUAGUGCAUAUGAUGGGACUUGAUGUUUCUGCUCUUAUAGCUGAGAGGACUAGCGAUGAGGGGACGGCACACUGAGUCUAUUCAGUGUGAGAGACCUCGCUUUAAAGAGAGACAGUGCAUCAUCUGUAAGGUGUGGGUGGAGCUUUGCCCUCCUGGCUGUCUGCUCUGUUUCUCUCUGACAUGUCAGCUGUGGAGAUUUUUCAUCAGAUUCAGCAAUAGAUCCUCGAUUCAAAUGAGGGAAAAACUCCCCAGAACAACACACUUCUAACGGGGGAGGGAAAAUGGAAGAAACCUCAGGAAGAGCCGCAGAGGAGGGAUCCCUCUCCCAAGACGGACAGACAUGCAAUAGAUGUUGAAUGUGUUGUUUCUUGUAGCCAGCUAUGGCACCAGGGGAUGUGGUGCCAGACCAUGCCAAGCAGUCCAAGGAGAAGUCCAAGGAGAAGCGGCCGGGAAACAGGGCCUCGAAAGCAGACUGUGAGCCAGAUGGGUCCUUUGUUUUUGAGGCUCACGAGGCUUGGAAGGACUUCCAUAACUCCCUCAGGCAUUUCUACGAAGUAGGCGAGCUCUGUGACGUCACGCUGAAGGUUGGCAGCAGGUUGAUACCAUGUCACAAGCUAGUGCUGGCUUGCGUGAUCCCUUACUUCAGGGCCAUGUUCCUGUCAGAGAUGUCCGAGGCUAAGCAGGAACUGAUUGAGAUCAAAGACUUUGAUGGUGAUGCUAUCCAGGACCUGGUGCAUUUUGCCUACUCCUCUAAGCUCACAUUAACCGUGGACAAUGUUCAGCCACUGCUUUAUGCUGCCUGCAUCCUUCAGGUGGAGUUGGUGGCGAGAGCCUGCUGUGAGUACAUGAAGGCCCACUUUCACCCCACCAACUGCCUGGCAGUCCGUACCUUUGCUGAGAGCCACAAUCGCGUAGACCUGAUGGACAUGGCCGACCGCUAUGCCUGCGAACACUUCACCGAAGUAGUGGAGUGUGAGGACUUUACAUGCGUGUCUCCCCAGCACUUGCGCACUUUAUUGUCCUCCAGUGAGCUCAAUAUCCACUCAGAGACCCAGGUGUACAAUGCAGCGGUGAAGUGGCUUAAAGCGAACCCACAGCACCACGAGGCCUGGCUGGACCAGAUCAUGUCUCAGGUGCGCCUCCCCCUGCUCCCUGUAGAGUUCCUGACUGGAACGGUGGCUAAGGACGAGAUGAUCAAAGGUAACCUGAGCUGUCGCGAUCUGAUGGACGAAGCCAGGAACUACCACCUGCACCUCAGCAACAAGGUGGUGCUGGACUUUGAGUAUUCAGUCCGUACAAUACCCCGGAAACACACUGCAGGGGUUUUGUUCUGUGUGGGUGGUCGGGGGGGUUCUGGUGACCCAUUUCGCAGCAUUGAGUGCUACUCCAUCACUAAGAACAGCUGGUUCUUUGGUCCUGAGAUGAACAGUAGAAGGCGUCACGUGGGUGUAAUAUCUGUAGGAGGUAAAGUUUAUGCUGUUGGGGGCCAUGAUGGUAAUGAACAUUUAGGCAACAUGGAGAUGUUUGACCCCCUCACCAACAAGUGGAUGAUGAAAGCUUCCAUGAACACCAAGAGGAGGGGUAUAGCCCUUGCAGCUCUUGGUGGUCCUAUCUAUGCUAUCGGAGGUCUGGAUGACAACUCCUGCUUCAACGAUGUGGAGCGUUACGACAUCGAAAGCGACUGCUGGAGCGCUGUAGCUCCGAUGAACACACCCAGAGGAGGAGUGGGAUCUGUGGCACUGGGGAGUUUCGUGUAUGCGGUGGGGGGCAACGAUGGCGUGGCGUCACUGUCCAGUGUGGAGCGUUUUAACCCACACCUCAACAAGUGGACGGAGGUCAGCGAGAUGGGCCAGCGACGGGCUGGAAAUGGAGUCAGCAAACUCAAUGGUUGCCUCUAUGUAGUUGGUGGUUUUGAUGACAAUUCACCUCUGAGCUCCGUAGAGCGCUUUGACCCUCGAAUGCACCGCUGGGAGUACGUGUCUGAGCUCACCACCCCCCGUGGGGGAGUCGGGGUUGCCACUGUAAUGGGAAGAGUGUUCGCAGUCGGGGGUCACAAUGGGAACAUUUACCUGAACACAGUGGAAGCUUUUGAGCCUCGAAUGAACAGAUGGGAGCUGGUGGGUUCGGUGUCUCACUGCCGUGCCGGAGCCGGAGUGGCUGUCUGUUCGUCUCACGUCAGCCAGAUCAGGGAUGUUGGCCAGGGCUCGAGCAACGUGGCCAACUGCAUGUGACCCCCCCCCGCCCACUUAUUACCAGGUGACUGACAGCCAGGUCACCAUCAGAUCUGAUCACUGCACAAGCACACGACACAAAGCACACAGACAGUGACAGAGUGAUUUCGCCCAGCAACUUUAUCACUUGCCACUGUCUGAACAUCAGCCUGAAACACACAUUAAGGCUGAUGUUCAGUUUGCACACAGUGAUUGAGGAAUAUUAGGGAGAUUUUACUGACUUGAAGUGCACAUCUGACAAAUCUGAAGUCUUCUCUGACAAAAUGACACGUUCGAGACAUCUUUCUUGACUCCUGCUGGUGUUAUUUGCAAUCAUUGAUGUAGUAUUUUGUACUGUAUUUUCUUCUGUUUGACUGCCUUGUCAUAGUUUUGACUUUUUAAGGGAAACUAGUAACUGAGCCUUGCAUUUAAUUCUAACAUCUUGAGAAUGAGAGGUGAGUUUUGGUUCAGAACUACUAGGUGCACAUUAUGAACAGGGACCUUUAGUGGGCCAGUAUGAAAGAAUUUCAAAGGUCUCUUCUUUAAGACAGUUUACUCUUUGGCGCUGCAGUUGUUUUCAUUAUCCAGAGAGAUGUAAUCAUACUGGAUUCGACGCCUCGUUUUGCAGUGCAGUGUGUGCAGUUAAAACACAAACAUUUUCUUCAGUCAAUCUGAAAUAUGAUGUGAAGAUGUCAAAUACAUUUCCAAGAUUCCUGGGAUCUUACGCCAUGUUAAGUGAAAGCAUCUGUUGAAGCAGUUAGACUUCUUUUAAAGGUGCUUUUUCAGAAUUAUUCUAUCAGCAGUUCCAACUGCAGUAAGCUGGAUCGUAUCCCAGCAGCUCUAGCUUUUUUUGGGGAUUUGCCUGUAAUCAUGUUUGAACAAUCAUUUUAAGGCCUAUUGGGACAAAUCAGUCACCGGUCAGGAGGUGACAGGUCCGAGGAAUUUAACCGCUGCAAGUGCCAAACACAAAAAAAAAAAAGUGCUGCCUGCACCUGCUGAAUCCUGAGUCGCCACCUUUACCUCGACCUCAGAAUUGAGAAAGGAUUUGAUGACUAUAUAUACCUGAGAAUCAAAGACUCAUCAGAGCAAUACGAUGCAACUCACCAGUUCUUUUUGAGUUCUACAUUGUUGUACAGAGGUCUGUUCAAGCUGACAGGGACAGAUUUUCAAAAUUCAAGAUUUGUGUUUGACGAUAGCUGGACUGUCAGAAAUCCUAAUCAGAGUGCUUUCAGAUGUGUAUGAGAUUCAGCUGAGGUUUGUCUCUGCAGAUGGUAAUGUUAUAUUUUAAUAUAUGGACAUUUUGUAUAAUAAGAUAGGUGUAUCUUUGGUAUUAUUCUUAACUACACUAUCUAAUCCAUUGCUGUGCACUAUUUUCUUAGAAUAGAUGUGAAGUCUGAGUAUAUUUUUGUCCUAAAUGGAGAAUUUCACGUUAUUCAUGUUUGAAGAUGUUUAUUUAACACAAUAUUUCUGCCCUAUCUAAGAAACAUGUAAUAUGUGGCAACAGCUUCGUUUUUCAGAAUAGGCUGACAGAGUUUAAAACAGAAAUGCUAUAUACGGUUUAUACUAGAAAUAUACAUAUUAUUGCACAGUUUGUGUCCUGCCAUUAUUAAUACUAGUGCAUAAUAUCAACAAUAUAUUAUCAAUAUUGUUGCCAACUUUGUUAACAAAUUAGCCUUUUUUGUAAACUUUACUGUACUUUGUGUUCUUCCUCCUCUUGACUGCUUCCAUCUUUUGCUUUUUAUUUACAUUGUAUUGGUAUAAGUUGGUACAAUAAAGUUAUGUGUAAAGUUCA